GUGGAGAAUGCCCAUUGCCGCGCCUGCCGCCGACGACGCAUGGAGGCGGAAGGACGAGAGCGGCAGUGAACGGCCGGAUCUUGCGAGGAAAAGUAGUGAUGGGAGUGCAAGCGAAGAAACGUCGGACGACACGAUCGCGCUGCCGCGACUCCGGUCAAAUCCGAUGACGUCGUCGCACACGUCAUACCGAUUACCACCGUUGACAGACCUUACACAUCAUCCAAGUCUAAGCAGGCCGGCGGCGCCAACGUCGCCCUUCGUCGGCAAGAUAAAGUCACGGAAGCGCAAAAUGAGCAUGCAAGACGUCAUGUCGAGCAAUAGUCCUCCGUCAUUACAUCGCCAUGCUCCGCCUCCACUCGAUCAACUUGAACUCGUGCCGUCCACGUCCCUGCUUCUCUCGACAACAACCCCCCCAACGCAUUCGUUGACACCAGCUACGCCGUCCACGUCGUUGCAUCCUCAACGCACAAAGGGACGAUCGAAGCGAUGCGGGCGACAGCCACACGCCGCCGCGGCGCCACCGCCUCCGCGAACGGCCUCUAGCAUUGCGCGAUUGACGACAGGAAAGGACGUUUGUGUCGUGGCGCAUCAAGGCAUUGUCGACUGGGUUGCAACGUAUUAUGUGUACGGAUUCGACAAGAACAGCCUCUUCCACCUCAUGCUGCCCCUUCGACCGCAGCAAGAGCCAUGGAGCGAUGCUGAAGUCGCCUAUUUAACGAUCCUCGCCAAGCUGUUGCAGCAAGGAAAGAUGCGACUGCCCCGCGGCAAGUCGAUGGAAGCGUACGUGGCCGAGAAACUGCAUGCGCCAGAGCCUCGAAUCCGCUUUCGGUUGCAGCAACUGGAAUUCAAUGGCAACGCACAAGGGCCCGAAGGCGACACCCAGCAGCAAAAGCCACAUCGUCCGGCGGCGAAAAAUGUCAUGUCUCCAGCCGAAGUCGCCGAGCUCAAGGAGACCAAGAUGCUGUUUCUCCGCACGCUCGAGUCGGCCGUCGUCGACGCCUUGCAUGACAACGCGAUCGACCAGUCGUGUGUAGUGUCGAUCAAGUAUUGAACAACAUGCUACCAGCCUCUUCCUCUCGACAAUGCUCAAGCGUCGGCGGCAGGCGAGACACUUGCAGUGGCACUGGCCUGCCACUAACAUCGCAUGAGGAAUGAGGCUGGACCAUGCCACGUACGAGCCAGUUGCUGAGUAGAUCUGGCGCGGCGCGGACAAAGUCAUUCCAGGACACGCCGCAAUUCGGCUGGACCACGACCUGCGCCGACCUCGUCAACUUGAGAGUCGCAUAUGUGCAUAUGCGCACCUGGGUCUGAAGCGCGUUGAGUUGGGUGUCCGAGAGCUCGAGGUGGAGUUGGUGGCGCAGGCAGCUGCCAAACUCGUCCCAGCUCAAAAAGCCUACGCAGGUCAUGUCAGCGUGUGCGCAUGCGGCGUCAAGGGCAACCGCUGCC